UCCAACCCUUUCUGAAGACCCCCCCCCCCCUUUCCCCUCCUUCCUCUUUUCUCCCUUCCUCCCUUCCUCCCUCUUCCCCCCUUCUCCCCGCCUCCUCUCGGCCACGAUGUCUUCGGGAAUCAUCGGCUGCAGGGAGUUCGUGGUGGGAGGGAAGUACCGCCUCGUCAGGAAGAUCGGCAGCGGCAGCUUCGGAGACAUUUACCUCGGGAUCAACAUCACCAACGGGGAGGAGGUUGCAAUCAAGCUGGAGGCCAUGAAGGCCCGGCAUCCGCAGCUACUGUAUGAGAGCAAAGUUUACAAGAUCCUUCAAGGAGGCGUUGGGAUUCCACACAUAAGAUGGUUUGGUCAAGAGCAACAGUACAAUAUCUUGGUAAUGGACCUUUUAGGACCUUCCCUAGAAGACCUCUUUAAUUUCUGCAGUCGGCGCUUCACCAUGAAGACUGUCCUAAUGCUAGCAGACCAGAUGAUUGGACGCAUAGAGUUUAUACACAACAAGAACUUCAUUCACAGAGAUAUAAAGCCAGACAACUUUCUAAUGGGCAUCGGCCGCCACUGCAACAAAUUAUUCCUGAUUGACUUUGGACUGGCCAAGAAGUACAGGGACAACCGUUCCCGAGCCCACAUACCCUACCGGGAGGACAAGAACCUGACUGGAACUGCUCGUUACGCUUCAAUCAAUGCACACUUGGGGAUUGAGCAGAGUCGGCGUGAUGACAUGGAAUCUUUGGGAUAUGUGCUGAUGUAUUUUAAUCGUGGGUCUCUGCCCUGGCAAGGCCUUAAAGCUGCCACCAAGAAACAGAAAUAUGAGAAAAUCAGCGAGAAGAAGAUGUCCACUCCUGUUGAAUCUCUUUGCAAGGGAUUCCCAGCGGAGUUUGCUAUGUACCUAAACUACUGCCGAGGGCUGCGGUUUGAUGAGGCCCCUGACUACAUGUACCUACGUCAGCUGUUCCGCAUCCUGUUCCGCACACUUCACCACCAGUACGACUACACCUUUGACUGGACCAUGCUUAAGCAGAAGGCUGCUUCAACUGCUGCUGCUGUGUCAGGAACCACCCCCCAGCCUGCUGCGACCCAAGGAGGCCACUAGAAGAAUCCUAGUGAAGAUAAAUAGCUACUGAAAUCUUGCUGAGAC